GAGUUGCCCUCGCACAGUCGCUCUCCCACAACCCAUUCCAUCUCUUCUUCUUCCGUCGCCGUCCUCUCUGUCUCUCAGUUUCUCACCUCGCAUCUUUAUCUUGCCAUCCCCUUCCCCACAGCCCGAUCCCCCGCUCUCAGGUCUUUCACUACACCCGCCGUUGGAUUGCUUCGUUGCAGGUCUGUCGACUACAGGUAAGCAAACAUUAUCAAAAUUGUGUGUUUGAGCUGCAAAGAUAGAUUCGUCCGGGCAUAAGCGUAAGAAAGCAGCUCCUUUGAUCUGUGCAUCAGAUCACACGGACAAGGACAAAGAAAAAAGGCAGGCUGCUCGAAAGACCAAAAGGACAAAAAUGUCCUCGUCAGAGGGGAAUCAGGUGAGGGCGUCCCAUAUACUCAUCAAGCACCAGGGUUCGAGAAGAAAGGCAUCGUGGAAGGAUCCUGAAGGGCGGAUCAUCAGGAACACCACCCGAGACUCUGCCGUCUCUCAACUCAAGGCUCUCCGCGAUGACAUCCUUUCUGGAAAGGCCAAGUUUGAUGAUCUUGCCGCUCGCUACUCUGAUUGCAGCUCUGCCAAACGUGGUGGCGAUCUCGGUCCCUUUGGUCGGAACCAGAUGCAGAAGCCUUUUGAAGAAGCAACAUUUGCUCUCAAGGUUGGUGAGAUGAGUGACAUUGUGGAUACAGAUAGUGGUGUCCAUAUCAUCAAGAGAACUGGAUGAGCACCGAAAGUGAAACUUCUUGAUCUUUGGGUGAAUCCAAGUAUCUUUUGAAACACAAUUUGUUCCUUGAUAUUAUUAAUGCCUAUGGCUGGCACUCUUAUUGUAUGAAGUGAUGUUUUCUCGUUGGCGUUUGAGUACCUAAAGAUGGAUUUAAGCACCGUUUCUGAUACGGUUUAUUCUGAGAAUGUAAUGGUUGUGCUUUGGAUUUUCUGUUUAAGGUUUUCUUUGCCUCUUCCUCUCA